AUGCGUGCAGCCCCUCACCUUAAGCCGUGGUGCAAUGCUGAGGAAUUCGGCGCAGAGCGCAUCCACUCGGUGGGGCAGGUGGGGACCGUAGACGCUGAGGUUGUGGUGCAGCACGGCCAGCCGGGGCAGGCUCAUGUCUACCGCCAGCACGCGGGGGCAGCUGGGAGGGAACGAGGGGUUCAAUUCAAGGUUGGGGGUGCGGAGUAG